UGACUAGUAUAUAGUAAUCUGUGGUGUUCUGUGGUUUAUCGUUCAUACAACAUUUUUACAAUGAAUGAUGAUACAAAAGAGGGAUUGGAUAAAAACCUUGAAGAUAUCGAAAUACAAGAAGUACUACGUAAAGGCACAGAUCUUAGAGAAUAUGCACUACAAAUCGAUAAGGGUAUAAAGGAAGCUGAAAAGAACUCUGUGGCGGAUUACUUGAAGGAAAGCGAUAACAUAGGAUCAUUACACAAUCAGAUUGAGGAGUGUGACGAUAUCCUGGCACGCAUGGAGAGCAUGCUGAUGACGUUUCAGAAUGAUUUAGGCAGCAUUAGCAAUGAGAUAAUUAGCUUGCAGAAACGCUCUGUCAGUAUGUCAGUGCAGUUGUCCAACAGGCAAGUCCUGAAGGGACCACUCUCUUCCUUCAUUGAAGAUAUGGCCGUGUCUGAAACAGUUAUAUUUGGUAUCAACAAUGUUCCUGUAACUGACAAGGAGUUCAUGGUCCAGCUGGCAAUUUUGAACCAAAAACUUAACUUUGUCAAAGAACAAGAUUUCAAAGAAACUAAAGCCUGUCAAGAUGUAAAAGAUGUGUUAGACAGACUCAAAAUAAAAGCUGUAGCUAAAAUAAGAACAUAUAUUUUGGAACAGAUCUAUAAAUUCCGUAAACCUAUGGCUAAUUAUCAAAUACCACAAAAUGCUAUGUUAAAAUAUAAGUUUUUCUUUGAAUUUGUAUUGGCCAAUGAAAGAAAUGUUGCGCAGGAAAUAUGCAAUGAGUACAUAGAUACGCUGAGCAAAGUAUAUUACUCGUAUUUUAAGUCUUAUGCGUCAAGAUUAGAUAAAUUAAAGUAUGAGGAGGCGCCUACUAAGGAUGACUUGAUGGGUAUUGAGGAUGGAUCCAAGGGUGGCUUUUUCCAGAAGGCAAAUCUGAAAAAUAAAAGUACAAUAUUUACAAUUGGUAACCGAGGUGAUGUACUAGCACAACAACUUGAAGCACCUAUUAUUGUGCCGCAUGUUCAACAAAAAACCAAGUAUUCUUAUGAAGCACUAUUUAGAAGUCUUCAAUAUGCCUUAGUGGACAAUGGUUGUAGGGAGUACUUAUUCACAACAGAGUUCUUCCAUGUAAAAGGCAGCCAUGCACAAGAACUAUUUGACAGGAUACUUGGAAAGACAUUGUCUUUGUUGGUGAAAAAUGUGGAAAAUUAUGUUCUGGAAUGCUAUGAUUGCCUUGCCCUGUUUCUGUGUAUACAAUUAAUAAACCGAUACAGAUGGAUGUGUCACAAAAGAGCCGUUGGUGCAUUAGACAGUUACUGGGAUUCCUUACAUGGCACUCUCUGGCCAAGAAUAGAAUAUGUCUUGAAAUUGAAUAUCCAGAGCGUCAGGGAGUGUGAUCCAGCUAAACUAUCCAACAAGGAAAUGGGACCUCACUAUAUCACAAGAAGAUAUGCAGAAUUUUCAGCUGCUAUGUUAAGUUUGAGUGAGCAAUUUCCCUCUGAAGAGCUAAGUAACUUGUUGCUCAUCCUUCAAGAUGAAGUUCAUUGUUUCCUGUUAAAAAUGGCGGCAGAAUUCCCUCAAAGAAUACAGCAACUUAUAUUCUUAAUAAACAAUUACGACAUGGUAUUAAGUAUAUUAAUGGAAAGGACAAGAGAUAACACAAAGGAAGCAGAAAGUUUCCGAGAGCAGUUACAAGCAAGAAGUUCAGAAUAUGUUGAAGAGAUACUGAGUCCGCAUUUCGGUGGCAUGAUGCAGUUUGUGAAAGAAGGGGAACAACUUCUUGAAGGUGACAACAAAGUGCAAUUAGCUACUCUAGAAAAAAAAUCUUUGUCAUUAGUAGCUUCUUUUAGUGCAGGAUGGAAACAAAGUCUUGAAGAGAUCCACAGAGAAGUGCUAGUCUCAUUUCCUAAUCUAGUCACGGGAUCUGGACUAUUGCAGAUGGCUCUCACUAACUUUGUCCAGUAUUAUCACAAAUUCGCCAAGCUACUUACCCCCAGUGCGCGAACGCAAUUGGUCAAUAUUCACGUGAUAAUGGUUGAAAUUAAAAAAUAUAAAACUAACUACUAAAUGG